AUGGCGCCCGCACGGCGUGCCUUGCGGGGCCGGCGGUUUGCUGAGUUGGCUGGGAAGCUGCGGCCUCUGGGGCACCCCGGACGCAGCGACAGCAAUGUUCGCGGAGAUGCCCCCGCACUCAGCGUGCCUUUUCCAUCUGCGCUGGAGGCGGAGAUCGCCCGCGGGUCCCUGGCCCCAGAUGCUGAGCCCCACGGAGCGGCGGUUCGGAAGGAGCUGGCGGUGACCGGCUGCGUCCUGGCAGUCCACUGGACAGCUGAAGAUUCUCGCCUCCUCAGAAUUUCCAUCAUCAACUUUCUAGAUCAGCUUUCUCUGGUGGUGCGCACCAUGCAGCGCUUUGGGCCCCCUGUUUCCCGCUGACCCCAGCCUGGAAAAGGGGCCUUGCGCGUACCCCGUGUCCCUCCCGAGGCAUCCGUCCUAGGGCCCAGCUUCUUGCAGCACUUGCCACUUGGUUGCAGGGGCUUCAUCUUUGGCGCUACUGGCCCGCCAGCACUCGGGUUCCCCACAUUGUGUUUGCUGCUUAAAUGCUAACUUCACAAAGUAAAACUGAGCAACUAUUCUGUGUGUGUUUCUUUUCAAAUACAGCGGCUCCAAAUACUCUUGCCUUUGCCCUCAGAGGGAAGGUUGUACUCACAGAGUUCAAGGUCAUUGAAGACAAUUUAGGACAUGGAAGAAAAGGAUGAAAAUAAACUGGGCCAGUGUUUUGAAUGUGGUGACUAUAUAGCUUCUCUAUAAAGUUCGGCAUUACAUUUUUAAUUUUUUUUU